AUGAACUCGACGUUGGCUUCAACAGUACAGAAUGCUUUGAACAAACCUUUUGACCCGACUUUGGUCACGGUUGUUGCAUUUAUCUUUGCUUCAUUUUACCUUUACACUAAAAGUAAAGUAUCAAGUAUUGGCAAAAACGCCAACAAAACUAUUUCCGAAGCAAAACCGGCAAAGUCCUCAUUUUACAAUAAACACAACUCAACCCAGCUCCAAAUCACACCACUCACCGAGUUUAAAUGGAAUGAAGAUAAUGAGCCCCUCAAAUCAAUGCCAUUUAAAAAUGCACCAUACAAAUUGACAAUGGGUAUCAGGAGUCUCGAGGCUCAGGACUGGCUCUUGAUUGAACCCACUUAUUUAUCACGUUUAGAACAUAAACGUCGUAUCUUGAACAAUUGUCAUCCUGCGUACCCCAAGACAAGGGAUUUGAGAUCAUCCACUUUGUUUGCAAGUGAGGAGGCAAGAGAAGCAGUGGUUGAGUUUUAUGACAUUGUGAUGGACUACUGCUUACGCAAAUACCCUACAUGUUUUGCUACCACUACAGAUUCAGAAUCAGAAUAUCACAACCAAACUUUGAUCCACAACUUGAUCACCAACAAGAAAUAUCCACUCAAGGGUAAUGGCAUUGAGCCCAAGGUUCUUGAAGAAUACUUGUCGCAAAACAUUGAGGAAGAUUUUAUUAUUCUUUUGAAGGACCCUUUGAGAGCACAUGAGGAAUAUGGUGAAGAGUAUUGGUUCAAAGCCGGAGUCUUUGGUUUUGCCGCUGGAUUUGAUCCAAAGGAACGAUUUAAUAAGCCACUUACAUCGAUCCACCAGCUAAUUCCUGGAUACACUACUAAACUCAAGACAUCAAUGAAUAGGUUUUUUGACCGUUUGUCCCCUGGACAAUUUGUCACUAGGUCCAACUGGUCGAUGCAAACACACAAAAAUUUCUACGUGGAUGACCAGAACAAGGGCCACAAUUUACCCAAUGGCCACGAACAAAAGGCUAUACCAUAUGAAAGCUUGAACUUUGAUGAUGUAAGGUAUAGAAGUGAACGACAGGUAUUGACCAAAUUACCCAAGUCUGGCGCAGUGGUGUUCACCAUCCGGACAUAUUUGAUUCCUAUUGAGGAGAUUAGAAACGAAGGACCGGAAGUAUGUGAACGGUUGAUUGGAGCUAUAAAGGGGUUUCCUGAUGAUAUAAAGCAGUACAAAGCAGCAGGUGAAUGGGGUCCAGCAAUUAUACAAUAUUUGAGCAAAAAACUUGAUUGA